CCGCUGCACACUAGCAUCCUAGGGCUUACUAGGGCUUCCUCUGUAGCCCUCAACUUCACUCACAAUCUGAAAGCACCCAGCCAGGUUCAAAGCUCUUGCUGAUCAAAUCCCUUGACUGGUGGAUUGACAAGGAUGUAAAAUUGUUUCUGCUGUUGGCCAGACAUUCUGGACCAGGCCACAGCAGGUCAGACAGCAUGGCGACUCAUACUUAGCCUGCCAACGCCCCUGGCCGUGCUUUGCUUCAUGGCACUUCGUCCACCUGUCGAAAAUGAAUGUCGCCCAAAGGUCAGCACUCCCAAAAGAUAUCUCCAAAACGCGACAUGCGGCAAUCUUUGGCGUGGGCAUCGGAUUCAUCGUGUUUGACUCCAUCGUCGUCGCGCUGCGCAUUUAUGCCCGCGCUUUCAUGCUGCGCGCCCUGGGAGCGGACGAUAUUCUGAUGAUAAUCGGGGCGAUACUCAACUUCGGAUUAUCCAUCACAAUCAUGACCGGCUCGCGGUAUGGGAUCGGAAAACAUGCGCUUGCCAUAACGGAAAGCGACACCGUGCCUAUGCUAAAGAUAAGCCCUGAAUGCAUAUGGGUGACACGCCUCUUCUACACGCUUUCCAUGGCGCUGGUCAAGAUGUCCUUACUGUGGUCAUACCUGCGUCUGGAUCCCCGGAGAUUCAUGCGCUGGGCUGUCUUCUUCGUUAUGUUCCUCAACAUCGGUCUUUCCCUCGCAAGCUUCAUCGGGUCACUCGCCAGCUGCAGACCUCCAUCCUUGUUCUGGACGAGCCCAACAGGAGAUAGCCGCUGCAUGUCCCUAGGCGCACAGCAACUAUUCUACGAAGUUAACGGGGUCUUGAUUAUUGUGACAGACAUCUUGAUCUACCUCUUCCCGGUUCCAAUGCUCUACGGCUUACAAGUGACCUGGCGUAAGAAGGGGGCCAUCCUGGCGAUCUUCGGGCUGGGGAUUCUGUCCAUUGCUGCGGCCUGUGUUCGCUACAAUUUCGUGAGGAGACUUGCUUCCGCCAAAGAGGAGUAUUACCUCCUUCUGGCUGACUCUCUCAAUUGGUGCACAAUUGAGGCUUACGUCGCCAUUUUUUGCGGCUGCGCCCCUUCACUCUCUGUUCUGAUCAAGGCGUACGCCCCAUCAAUCUUCGGCUCCGGCACGGCCAGAAUUUCCCACAGCGCGCAAUUUCCCGGCGUGAGUGAUUUGCAGCAACGCAGCGCUCGGAAAGCCAAUCGAAGUCGGGGUCUGGCCGGUACGACGCUGGGGAGCCAGGAUGCCAUCGUUACUGGCAGCGCCCCUGAUCAACUGGAUCAGGACGGGAUCGUGAUGAAGACAAUUAUACAGACGUAUGUUACCACGCGGGAAUCGACAGAGGAGGAAAGCCAUCGGAGAGAGAAUUAUGAUCUUGCGAGGCGGACGUGAUGCUUCAUGCCACCGCAUGCCCCCCCUGGCUCAAAGAGCCAGAGUCAUCAACAACAGAGCGAACAACCGGAAACGUGGGCUAGGUAGCUCGCAUUGUGCUUACACUGGAGAUGCGGACGGAAUCAUCACCAACCCCAACCCGUGUGAUAAUCCCUUCGCAAAUGACUCUUGUAAGCAUCCACGCUCAGCCCUCCAAGACAUUUUUGGCGUAAGAAAGGCACAAAAUCGGCCUGGCAAGUGAGCCACUGUACAGUACUACAUGUCACAGCCCCCUCCCCCUCCCCUCAAUCUCCCCUCUGGCCGGGUCAGAAGCACAAACCACCGGCUCUAAUGAGCCCAUGACAUUCCUCUCGAUCUCUAUUGAUCCUCUUGCGCGGGGCUUGUAGAUUAGGUAUGGGUUGGUGGGGCGGUACCGGAGCGGUCCGCCGGCGGGUUCCUUGGUUGGUGGUUAAACAAAAAAAAGA